AAAUAAGCACGAAACGGGCCGCAAUACAAGUUAUUAUGGCGGAAGGAAAUGGGGAGAACGAAAAGCCGUUUUCCCAUAGCAAUCUGCCUCGUAAGAAUGGAGAAAUCGAAGGAGAGGUGGAAAGUGAAGAAGAAGAGAACCCUAUUAAACUAGACCUAGGUUUAGGUAACGAACAUAAAGUCGACAAAAGAGCUGUUUCGGAACAAGUUCGAGGGACAGAACAUCAUUCAUCCACAACAGGUUCUAGCGACACGCCAAAGAGAGAGGAAAAUCCAUUUUCGUUCAAGCACUUCUUGAAAAGAGACAGCGGAAGUACCAGUUACCAGAACACAGGAGCUAGACCGAAGAUUUACAGAACAACUCCACCAAAUAACUUCGAAGAUAGAGGCCAAGAGGGCGUUUCGACAGAAAGAGAUUCACCAUCGUAUAAUAGAAAUGCUUCAUCAAGAAGCGUUGGUAAUCCUGAGCUGUCAUCAGUUUUACCUGACUUUGUUCAGGAUCAUUUGAUCAUGGAGCAAUGUUAUCUUAACCACAGCAGUAAUAUAAGUUCACCACACAUUACUGCUAAUCUAGAGAGCUUUCCAGAUUUUACAUUCAAGAAUACUUCACCAAGAGAGUCAAUAAUAUCUGAUAGUGCAGGUAGAGAACAGAGAGAAUGGGAAGAACCAAAGACUAAUGAAUCCAGUUUGGUGUCAGACAUUCAGUGUGACCUGACUGGUAUACCAGAACAGGCAAAAUCCAGAAUUUGUACGGUGCCUCUAGAUUUGCCAAAUUUUAGCCGGAAUGUAGUGAAUGGCACAAGUCGACCCCUAGUUCCUGGUGAUGUGUUACCAUUUGAUUUACCUCUGGUUGGAGAAGCAAGUGGCGAUUCAUCUGUAGCAGCAGAUUCAUUAUCUACUAGAAAUGGUGCAUCAGUUGCUGAAGUGGGUGUAUCUAAAAGUUUACCAGACUUUCUUUCUGAUGGUCCUAUUCACAGUGGCAGGCAUAAUGAUACAGAAGCUUCAGAUAGUUUGACAUCUGAGUUUUCAAGAAACAGUAUUUCAACUCCACAUACACCUGAAGGACAGCUGCAGAGGUUGCAAUUAGAAAAUGAGAGGCUCCAGAGGGAAAUAGAAGCAUCAAGGAGACAGCUCUUGGAACAGACACGGAGGGUUCAGACAUUGGAGAAGGAGCUGCAGGCUAUGCAAUCAAAUGAAGCUGAAGGCAAUGCUUCAUUGGAAAAGGCUAUUGAACAGGUGGAAGAUGACUUGAAAAGAACUACGAGGAGAGCUGUUGCUGCUGAGAAUGCUGUAUCAAGACUGAAACAAGAAAAUAAAUCCCUACAGGAUGAGAUUCUGCAGUUGAGGCAAGAGAACCGGGAGCUGAGGUACGGUGGUGGUGCGGCAGCAGCCAGUGCUGCCAGUUCUAGUUUUCUCAGCACGGAGGAACAAGCACAGAGGCUAGCGCAGGAACUCCGAUCUGCUGCAGGUUCUGCUGAAGCAUCACUUCGGCAGCUAUUGACUGGUGUAAACAAUCUUCGAAUGAUUGCAUCUACGGUUGAGAAUAUGCACAGAAUUCAUGACCGUACUGGUGAUUUCCUGGAUAUUGAUGAUGAGUCUGGACCAGCAUUGUAAUUGUCUGAACCAGAAGAGUCUCAACAUCAUUUAUCUCUGAUUGUGCUGAAUGAUAAGCAGCUGAUCAAAUGUUUGUUCCAGAUGGUAAAGAUACAUACAAAGUAUCAUUUGAAAUUUUUUGAGAUUUCUAGGCCAGUAACUAAACAUUUAACAAGGUGGCCUGUUCCUCGCAUCUCAUAAAAGUUUCAGAAUUUUGUUAAUUGCUGGCAUCUUACAUUUCAUUGACACAAUGUGAAGCACUGUUGUUUGUAAGCUGCAGAUACGCAAAAGUUUGUAAAAGAUAUUUUUAGAAGCUUUAAUUCAAGUUUAGUGGAUUCUUUUGAUGUAACUGAUUAUUCUGCUUGUAUUUUUUGUGACACUAUGGUUUAAAAUUUUGUAUCCGAAAAUAAUAAAACACCCACUUGCAUUAUUAGUGUUUUAGAAUGAAUGAGAGUGUAUUUUUUGUAACAUAGCUCUUUUCUAUUUUUUCUAUUUAUAUGUUUUCAU